UUCCAAAAUUAAACUUCAGCCAAAUGGAUCACCGACACGGUUGUGUCUAGUGUACAAGUUUAGUGUACACCGCGCCGUCAUCUCGUUGCGUCGCUCUUUUAACUGCACUAUUCCGCGAAUCAGCAUGACGGUGGCGCAAUGUUUUCGUCGUUAAAGUUUUCCACGUUACGGUCAAAGAAACACACGUCUCCGAAGCAAAGUGUGCAACACCGGAAAUCUACAAGCAAAUGUAAGGAGCCUACACGUGAGCAACAUUGGUUGCUGGAGAAGGUGUGUUCGACCCAGAAGAGUGAAGACAAACGAAUGGUGUCCAAGCACAAGAUUUAUGAGUCCACUAAUUACACGGAUCAAUGUACGGAUCAGUAUGUGAAGCACAAAAUCAUCGACGUGUUCAUUGAACGGGAAGACGGUAGUCUCGGGAUAGUGCUGCGCGGUGGUGCACAUCCGGAUCCUGACAUGUGCAAACCAUUGACCGUGACGCACGUUAGACCUGACGGACCUGCCGACAGAGAAGGCACAAUUAAGGUCGGUGAUCAUUUAUUAGCUGUUGAUGGUGUUUCAUUAAAUGGUUUGAUAUUAGCUGACGCUGAUGCAGUACUUAGACAGUCAGGCGGAGCAUGCCGAUUGACCGUGCGAUACCAAGUAUCGGCGGCAGAACGAGUUGGUAACGCCGCUUGUCCGCUGUUGGUUGAAGUCGAAAGUCCGAGACCCCAUCAAUUAGGUCUAACUUUAACAAACACAAUCAAUAAUAGCGCGGUUGUAGUCGAUCACGUAAAACCUGGUAGCAUUGCCGAACGUUGCGGUGCUAUAUUUCCGGGUGACCAAAUAGUGGCAGUCAACGACACGAGAGUGGCCGGGCUAAGGACAGCCGCCAGUGACGUGUAUAAACUGCUACGAACGUGUGGAGGCGCUCAGUCCACUCUCAGAUUAGAAAUAAUACCGGCAUUUACUGCAGACUUAAUACACGCUGAAUACUGUUCGUCGUACGAUUCUCGCCAACAUUUAUAUUCCGUAUACGAAGAUCCUAUCGAUCCGGUAGUUUGGGAACCAACGGAAACGCAUAACGUAGUACGUGUAGAUUACACUAUAUUGACUUUGGUAGCUGACGAAAAUGGUUGGUUUGGAAUGGACAUUCGAUCGAAUAAUUUGUCACUGAUCGUUUGUUAUAUUGAACCAGGAGGACCCACUGACAGAACCGGUUGCGUACAAGUGGGCGAUCGCAUAUUAUCUGUGAAUGGAUGCAAAAGCAGCAGUUUUGUGCCUUUAUUCCAGCAACCAUUACACGAAUUUUUAGGACCUGAAGUAAAAAAUGCCUGCAUCAAGGUGGAGUUUGAUAUCACAGAUUCUGUAGUUCCCACAUCGGGAGAAUUUACAGUGAAACUGCUGAAAAAUGACUACAGAAGUCUCGGAAUUACGAUAACAGACGAUGGCAAUGGGCAAGUGUGCAUUUCGGAAAUCGUACCUGGUUCUAUAGCUCAUCGGUCAGGCACAUUAAAAAUUGGUGACACAUUGUUAGCUGUAAAUAAUAAAUCAUUGAUUGAUUGUACUAGACAAGAAGCAAGUAGUAUACUCCAAGAAUCUGGAGACGUAGUGACGCUGCGAGUACGGACUUCUAAUACAGCUAUAGAUGAUUAUGAAAAUGAAGAUGAUUUAGUUCAGUAUACAGUAGAACUAUACAAAAAAGGCGAACCGUUGGGUAUUACCAUUACAGGUUCAGAGGAUUCCCGAUUACCAAUUUCUAUACAAGAAUUAUCACCAGGUGGAUUGGCUGAUCGAACGGGUGCCAUACACGUGGGUGACCGUUUGCUGGCGAUCAACGGCGCAGAUCUAUCUGAGGCACCGUUGUCCACUGCUAUAGCACAGCUACAGAACACCGACGACAGGGUGGUAAUCACGGUUUCACGGCCGCAACAACGAUCGUUGUACACCAGUGCUGGUAUGCUGUCUGGUUCGGCCGUUGCCGCAGAAGACUCGGCUAUCGAGUCGGACACUUGUACCCGAUCGGCGCCCAACUUGCAUGAGCCAACACCCGACCGGAUUGUAUUCCGACACAGGUCCAAAAGCGCCCAGAGAAAGGUGCCGGAGUUCGACAGUGACUAUUUCGGCGGCACGCUCCGCCCGUACUACAUACGCGAGCACGCCGACUAUGACAUUGAUAACAUAUUCAAGAUUGCCGAGAACCAGGAUCGGGAUGGGCUGCUAGAUUUCGACCUGUUUCAAGUUACUCUGUUCAAAGACGCGGUGUACGAAGAUUUCGGAUUCAGUAUAUCAGAUGGUUUGUACGAGCGAGGAGUGUUCGUUAACAAUAUCCGAAAAGGUGGACCGGCUGACUUGAGCGGCAUGCUGAAACGAUAUGACCGUAUAAUUCAAGUCAAUAAUACCAGGACAGACGAUUCUGAUUGCUGUCUGACCGUGCCAUUGGUGGCGUCUGCCGGUGACAAAAUUACACUGACCGUGGAAAGACGGCACAACAUGCAAAGAAUUCAAUUUCCUUAGCGAAUUGACAGUCAUGCAUUAAAUUUACUCUUAUGUUAUGCUGUACUACAUUGGUUUCUCUUUAAGUUGAUUCCUCGAACCCUAAUUUUUUAUUUUGGGUUGAAGCUCCUUGCGUUUUAUGUAUAAUUUAUUAUUAUUAUUAUUAUUUUUGUAAAACGUACUGCGUACAAUACAGAUAACCAGUAAAAACUAAUUCUAUUUAACCAUUAUAACUAUUUAAUAAGUAUUCGUUAAUAUUGCAAUUAUAAUUUAAGCUACAAUCAGUAUGUUAC